AUGGCACCACCGCUCUCGAACGCCUACGAAAGGGACCCGGCCACUACCGGUUCCUUCAGAGGGCACGGCAACAUUGUCAAGCGCACAGCUGACAUGCCCCUUCUUUUUGUCAUCAAUCAGGUUGCUGUGUAUUGCUGUGACCAUGUAGAGCAAAACCCCGGACCAACGACUGUUGAAGAAUCACUUGAAAAAUUGUUGCGAGGACAAGCUGUAAUAACUAGAGAGAUUAAGGACGUUAAAGAAAAUCAGGCUCGACUCGAGGAUAAGUUUGAAAAACUUUCUGAAAGAAAACGGUUGAAAGAUGACUUCCAGGCUGUGAAAGUCUGCGACGAAGUUGUUUAUAGCUUACAAAACACCGUGAAGGAAAUUCAAGGAAAACAACAACUUCUACAGCCGCAAGUAGACUUUCUAAACUCAGGCGGGAGUCAGGAGUCAGAGAUAACCAAUAUCAAGUCCGUGGUGGUAUGCUACUGGAACGCGUCGAGCGUGCUGCGCCGUCCACCGAGGGACUACGACCUGAACAAAUUGUGCGUGCACUGUUGCACGCAUCUCGUCUACCUCGGAGCGUCCAUUGACCCUCGCACUCUGGCACCCGUCUUCCAGGAGGACGACAGCGGUCUCAAGUCUGUGCGAGACAUGGACGCGCUGAAGACGAGCCACCCGCUGCUGAAACUGGUUUUGUCGCUGCGGCUGAGUGGGUCUCCUGCCGAGCUGAGCAAGAUGGUUGACGGAGCCGAAGCAGUCCUUGCGAGAGCUGCACUCGCCAAGAACGUAGCUCGCUGGCUGCCGGAGCACAACUUUGACGGAGUCGAAGUCGACUGGGACAGGCUGCCAGAGGAACUCAAGUCUGUCUAUGUGGACCUGGUCAAGGCUGUGCGUACGGUUACCAAGAAGAUGCGGCUGCAGACUGUCGUGAGCGUGCAUCCCAAAUGGGGCCCCUCAUAUGAUGUGGAAGCGCUGCACGGUUUGAGCGACCUGCUCAUCCUGCAUCCCUACUCAAAAGAGGACAGCCCCAAGAUGGCCCAGCCGCCAGUGCUCUUCAAGGAAGACUUGGUGGAGACCUGCGAAGUUGUUCUUAGCCAGCUGCGGUCUCGCAAGCGAGUGGUGCUCGCGCUGCCCCUGUUCGGCUUCGCAUACCGACUGCGGAACAGUGGCCACUACGAGCUCCGCGCUUCAGUCAGAGGACCCGCUCCCCCUGGACCCUUCACGGAUUUCCGCGGUCUUCUCGCCUACUUCGAGAUCUGUCUGGAGUUCAGCUCAGACCUCUGGGUGUCACUAUACGAUAAGGAAGCAGAGUGCAAAAUCGCUGUGAACCGGGACAAGAGUCAGUGGAUCGGAUACGACAACAAGGCCACCAUCCUCAACAAGGUUUGA